UGGUAGAGCCCCUUCUAAGCUGACCCUGGAACUACUUCACUCUCAGGGAUUUUCCAUAACACAGCCCUUUCCUGCCCAGACACAUGGACAUUCUGUGACAGUGCCAGGGGCCCCUGCAGCCUGGGUAGAUACCGUGGAGAAAUUCGGAAGUGGAAAGCUUUCAAUUCUGGAGAUUCUCCAUCCUGCCAUAGAGUUAGCAGAGACCGGAUUCCCAGUACAACAGCUGACGGCUUCCUUUUGGAACAAAGGAUCCUUUUUACUCACAAACCCUAACAACAAAUAUGGAACUGAUAUGCUACUUAAUGGACGAGCCCCAAAACAUGGAGAAAUCAUGAGACUUCCCCACCUUGCAAAUACAUUUAGGGAACUUGGCACUCAAGGGAAAGCAGGAUUUUACUGUGGGAGAAUAGCUAAAGCGAUAACUGAUGUAGUACAAUACCAUGGUGGUGUCAUGACAACAGAAGAUCUCGCAAGUCACGUGACCACCUUUGAGGAACCCAUAAGUACUGACUACAAAGGUUAUAAAGUUUGGGAGGUACCCCCAAAUGGUCAGGGUAUAACAACGCUGAUAGCGCUCAACAUACUGGAGGGGAUGGAUUUAAAAGGAAUGGGUCACAAUUCUGCUGAAUAUAUCCACAAUAUAGCCGAGGCAUUGAAAAUUAGUUUUGCUGAUACAACAUGGUUCUGUUCCGACAUGUCCCAAGUAGAGGUUCCCACAUCUCAACUACUAUCCAAAGAGUAUGCUGCCAAGAGAAGGGGACUGAUAAAGAAUGAUAGUGCAUCAAGUGGUUUCCGUCGAGGCAGUUUUAGCGUUGGGAAUGAUACUGUGUAUUUUACCACGGCAGACAAAGAAGGCAAUGCAUGUUCCUUUAUCAAUAGCAACUUCAUGGGGUUCGGUACGGGCUUCGUACCUGAGGGAUGUGGCUUCACCCUACAAAAUAGGGGCUUUGGAUUUUCUUUGGACCCAAAACAUCCUAACGUUAUUGCCCCAAACAAACGACCAUUCCAUACAAUUAUUCCUGGCAUGGUGACUGAUACUGAAAGCAACGAAUUUUUGGUGAGCUUUGGUGUAAUGGGAGGGUUCAUGCAGCCACAGGGACAGGUUCAAACGCUUUUAAACAUGAUUGAGUUCGGGAUGGACCCCCAGAAGGCCCUAGACGCCCCCAGAUUGUGUGUGGGAGGAAGCUACGGCUAUGACAGUUCAGUUAUUGCUGUGGAAGAGGGGAUCUCCUCAGACAUUGUACAAAAACUGACAAGUUUUGGUCACAGAGUUGAAGGUCCCGUUUGUGGAGAGAACAGAAGUCGUUUUGGUAGAGGACAGAUUAUUACAAAGGGACCUGUUUUCAGGGGUCGGGAAUGUAGAAAAGAAGUCACCCCGACUCUGUGGGCAGGAUCCGAUCCUAGAUGUGAUGGAGUGGCGAUUGGAUAUUGUGCUUGAUUUCCUUCAAAGUGUGCAAUAUAAACAGAUGUACAUAACAUGUAAUAAAAUCACAAAAAUGUUUUAAAAAUCAUUUUUAGCUCACCUCAACGAAGUUGGGGGAGCUUAUGUAAUACCCUCGGCGUCGGUGUCGGUGUCGGUGUCGGCGUCGGCGUCCCAGGUUAAGGUUAAGUUUUUUGGAGCAGUUUUCUUUUUAAGUACUUCUAUGUACUAUAUUGAUUAGACAUGCAUGGAGGAAGCUUUAAGUGUGUUUCACUGUAACAGUCAAAGUUUCAGAUGCUGCAAUUUCAGCAAAGGAAUGACCAGGUUAAUGUUUUUGGAGCAGGUUAACAUUUUUGGUGCAGUUUUUGGUGUAGGUCUCAUUUCCAAGGAACUAUAAGCCCUAUGUUGACCAAACUUGCUUGGAUGAUACAUCUAAGGAUGCAUACUACCAGGCUUGCUUCGGAUGCUGAAUCUGACCUACAUUUUCCGGUUAAGUGAACAGGUUAAAGUUUUUGGUGCAGGUUUCAUUUCCAAGUAACUAUAAGCCCUAUGUUGACCAAACUUGCAUGGAUGAUACUUCUAAGGAUGCAUACUACCAGGUUUGCUUAGGAUGCUGAAUCUGACCUACAUUUUCCGGUUGAGUGAACAGGUAAAAGUUUUUGGUGCAGGUUUCAUUUCCAAGGAACUAUAAGCCCUAUGUUGACCAAACUUGCAUGGAUGAUACAUCUAAGGAUGCAUACUGCCAGGCUUGCUUCAGAUGUUGAAUCUGACAAUUUCCGAUUGAGUGAACAGGUUAAAGUUUUUGGUGCAGGUCUCAUUUCUAAGAUACUAUGAGCCCUAUAAUGACUUAACUUGCAUGGAUGAUACAUCUAAGGAUACAUAAUACCAGACUUGCUUUGGAUGCUGAAUCUGACUUACAAUUUGUGGAUGAGUGAAAAUGUUAGUUUUUGAUGCAGGUUUCAUUUCCAAUUAACUAUGAGCCCUAUAAUGAGCAAACUUGCAUGGACGAUAAAUCUUAGGAUGCACACUA